GGCUUCCGGAGGCGGCAGACCUGGAAGUUGCGCACACGGGAGGGGCGGAGCUUCCCGGUGCAGAGAAAGUGCUGUUAGUCUCCCCGGAGGCAGUGGGUGGCUCUUUCUUGCCUCUCUCUUUCUCCACUGCCCCUUCCCUCCCCGGUCAUGCCGCUUCUCUGAGCCAUGGGCGCCAGCGGCUCCAAGUCCCGGGGCCUCUGGCCCUUUGGCUCGGGUGGGCCAGGCGGGUCCGAGGGGCCGGGUGGGGAUCAGACCCGGGCGCGGGGGCUCUGUUCGGCCACCCCUUUCGUCUUCACCCGCCGUGGCUCCAUGUAUUAUGAUGAGGACGGUGACCUUGCCCAUGAGUUUUAUGAGGAGACAGUAGUCACCAAAAAUGGGAGAAAGCGUGCCAAGCUGAAAAGAAUCCACAAGAACCUGAUACCUCAGGGCAUAGUGAAACUGGAGCACCCUCGGAUACAUGUGGACUUCCCUGUUAUCAUCUGUGAGGUCUGAGCAAUGGAGGGCAGUAUGAACAGUCACUAUGUGCUAUCGAUGCACCUUAUUUGCCCAGUUUUACUGUACCUCACGUAAACAAAGCUAGGCAGCCAUGGGUCCCUUCAGAGUGAUGGAUUUGGAGCACAGAUGCAUGGUUAGCUUUGAAGCUUGUCUGCUAGGAGGAGGCAACAGUGGCUACAGCACUGGGAGCAUCUUGGAAUCGUGUAAUAAUCAGAAAUAGCAUUAGCUAGGGGUGUAUUUUGAUAGGACCUGUGUCACAUGAGUUGUCUGGCCUUGUUACGUGGCCUGCUCAAAAUUGUCCUUGCUGAAUUGAAAAUCCUUUCAUCAGCCACUAAUUGACAUUUAUGUGGUACAGAUUUCAAGUGUCUUGAGACCAUGGAAAACCACCUUGCACUUUUUUCUGACCAGAUGAUCUGCUUUUUGAAUCCCCUGUCAGUUUUCUACAAAAGUUGACAGCAACGUUUCAGUUUAUAUGCUGUAUAUGAGAGUAAAGGUGAGCAGUAAACUUCUUAUGCUUCUCCAUCCCUUUCCCCAAUAUAACUGAAUAAUCUAAUGCUGUACUGUAUCCUUGUAGGAUGGAAAGGAUGCAAGGAAGUUAUAACCAAGCUGCACUUAACAGAGGACAGCUGAAGUUGUUCAAGAUAGGGUUUCCCAUUGAAACAGAAUGAUGUGCAGGCCUUGCUCUCCUUGUAAUAUCUCCCUAGCGAGUUGCACUAUUUUCUUUGCAGACAGUGUUUUUUUCAACUUCACUACUUGGAAAAUUCCACUGAGUAGUUCCUGUUAUGUGGCACAUCAGUAGAAGCUGUUGUAGCAGCAGCAAUAUCUAAGCAUGCAGCUAUCUGCUAAGCAUCUUAGAAGGCAUUUGUCUUGGUAGGCAGUGGUUUCAUUCCAAAGUAGACUUCCCCCUUGAGCAUCUACAUCUUAUUGAUGUAUAGAAUGCAAGGCAAAUUGUCAUACUCUCCCCCCUCCAUUCUUACUGUAAAAAGGUUCCCCCCCAAACGGAAAUAGGGAACACUGUCCUCUUGAUCUCUUUGGGUAUGAGUUGGCACUAAGGCAAUUUUUAUUGCUUUGAUCAAGCUGUUUACCAGCCUGAUCUUUACUCCUGUAGCUGUGUGCUCUCCCCCUUCCCCACUAAAACAAUAAUGUACUGUGAUCUUCCUUUGGCAGUUUCCUUAACACUUUGCAUUGGGCCAGGUAGUACCUCUUGUGGGAGAAUACAGCACACUUGAAAGGAAGGCUAUAUCUCCUGUUUGGGGAUAGCCCUACCAUUUCCCCCAAUGAGUGAAUGUGAAAUGUUUGAUUAGUAGAGCCACUUCCAAAACUUGACCUGAGCAGCCCUUUAGCUGUAUAUACUGAAGUGGUACACCUGCCUCUUCCCAGGUUUUUGCUUUUUAGAUUUAGAGCUACAUGCUGCUGAGAACUGAAAAGGCAAAACCCUAUCAGAAGCACACUUAAUUUUUGAAGAUGGUUUCAUAUGCAAUGCACAACCAGGAGACUUGAGUCUGCCUGCCUGCCUUUUCUUCCAACUCUCAGAAUUUAUAUAAAGCUUUAAAACCAGAUUGUGGGUGGGUUAGCUGUAAGAGUUGGUUCAUUGCACACUGCCUUUUCCUUCCCAGUGUGUGUCAUUGCCUUUCUGAGCACUUCAAGCAUUUGCUACCUCAAAUGUUUAGUUUAAAUCAGCUGGUACCUGCCAGCAGCAUCAAUAUGUUUGUGUCAUCUCUGCACCUACAAGGGAAUCCUUUUAAAGCAUUAUGAACCAGGCUAGUAAGAGUGUGCAGAGUCAGUGGCAAUGUUGACAGAGGUCUCUAUUCAGUGACUGUCACAUUUGCCUCUCUUAUCGGCCUCUCAGUUGUAUGUCUAGGGUUGUAUGCUAGGAUCAUUCCUUAGAACAUAGGAAGUAAUUCUGUCCCUGGUGGCUUCCUAAGUUUCAACUGCUUUUCCCUGCUGAACUUGUGUUAUGAAUCUACAGUAAUAGAAUUAUAGUUACCUGUAAAAAGGAAAGUGCGUAAACUGUUGACAUAAACCCUACUGUAUGUCAUAUUUCCAUCCUCGUUUCCCCCCAUGUGUAGCUUACCUUUGUUAAGUUUCAUCUAGGUAAUGACAGGAAGCUGACAUCUUUACCCUUCAUUGGGGAAGGAAAUAUCCACUUCUGAGACAAGAGCAUACUGGAGAUAGAGGUGUGUUUGCAACACUUCUUGGCAAGCAAAGCUCCAUCUUGACAUUAUUGUGCAUAAUGAGUUGUGGGAUAAAACUUGCUUAUUCUUGAGCAAUAUAGUUGAGAACAGAGGAGGCUGCAUAUCAGGCUUGCUGUUUAAAAGUUUGCACCAUAGCUAGUUCAGAGGAAGCACUUUGCUGUGUGCAAAGGCUGUUUACUGCUUCUUCAUACUGGAGUGUUCUGUUCUCCAUUGCAUAGGACUUGAUAGUCAUAAGAGGUAUUGGGGCUCAAAGGCUCAUUGUUAACACCCGAUAUGUUUCUUAAAAUACCCAGUUUAUGUUCUUUCAUUAACUAUCCUGUUUUUGAGCAAGCAAAUACCCUCUGAUCAGAAAAGUACUGUGCAAUGUCGGCUUUCAUUUUCCCCUGCUGCUUCUAGUGCUUGUAUAUAUCCUCCUGGGGAUUUCACUCCCACUGGAAUCUAAAUGGAGCCUCUACCCAGAGGAAACUUCAUUUCUGCCUAGCUUGAAAUCUCUUUAAGAUGUAGCAGACUCCCUGGAGCUACUGGCAGCUGCUUUCAAUGCAUUUCUCUGAAAGACUGGCUUGCCCACUGGGACAGUAGCUGUGCAAUUAGACUGCAUGGAUUUUAUGAUCCCAUUGAUGCUGUCCCUAUCAUUGUGCAUUCUGGCAGCCCCAUUUCUCUUGAGAGUAGCGUCAAGCUCGUGGAGACUGCUUUAUAUGGGAUGCUGAUAAUGUGAAAGUUGAUGUAAAUAAUUAUAUAUUAUCACUAUUGAAACAAGCAAAAAGUUCUAUUUCCUUUUUUAUUACUCUUCUGUGCGGAAGUGGUUGUGUAGAAGACCUGAACCCACUAGCACUACACUUCCUGCUCCUGUAGUAUAUGGAUAGGAAUCCUGAAGGCAAAUGUGUAAAAUAUUUAUGGUCCGUUUCUCUUCCUUGAAGUGCAUUUGUUGAAUUUUGUUAAAUUUCAAUAAAAUGAUUUAUAAGUCCUGGAAA